AAACAAAUAACAAGUACAUGUGAUUUAUAUCGGCAUGGUGCCAAAAAGUUAUCAAUUCAUCGUCUAGUCUUAAACAAUUGUUAGGGUUCCAAUUAAACAUAUCAUGUGGUCCAAUCGAUUUAUCCAAUUAUCAAAAUAUGCCGUGGUGAGCACUAUGGCCAUUGGUGUUGGUUAUCGAAUAGGGCAAUCCAAUGGCCAUGAAAGUGCUGAUCCUUGGUCAGUGCUCAAGGAUCUCAAGGCCAAACCAGGUUUGCCCAUAUUUGGCUCAGUGUCUGCUGCCACAGCCAUAUCUCGAGACUUGGCACCCGUACAAACCCCAGCCGAGGUGGCUAUUCCUCAAAAAGAUGUAGGAAUUCCUUCGGAACCAUUGCCGGGACAAAGUCGUAUUAUGGAGAUCAUGCGAUUUGGAUUCCCAGGAUUGGAUAAUAUCCGGUCACAUAGGGAUUAUGUUGUCAGCUACGACCGAAGGAGCCGCUUGGCCCAUUGGGUGUUUGAGCAUUUGACGCGGGAAUCGGUGAAGAGAAAUGACCAAGUUGAUCGCCAGAAAUCCGAAUUCAAGGAGGAUCUCUCCAUUCAUCCGUUUUUUAGAUCCUCUAAUCAAGACUACAAGUAUAGCGGAUUUGAUAGAGGUCACUUGGCUGCUGCCGGGAAUCAUCGUCAAAAUCAAGAUGUUUGCAAUGAGACAUUUCUUUUGAGCAACAUGGCACCUCAGGUUGGAGUGGGCUUUAACAGAGAUAAAUGGGAACAUCUAGAGCGCUAUGUCAGAAAUCUCACCAAGUUGUAUCGGAACGUCUACGUUUGCACAGGACCGUUAUAUCUUCCCAAACCAGGGCCCGACGGAAAAAACUAUGUCAGAUAUCAGGUCAUUGGCGCGAACAACGUGGCUGUUCCAACUCACUUCUUCAAAGUGAUUGUUGGCGAGAUGGAGAAUCGUGACCUCGAAAUGGAGGCCUACGUCCUACCCAAUGAAGCCAUUCCAGAUGAUGUCCCGCUGGCCUCAUUUCAAGUGCCCCCUGAUUCCGUGGAACGAGCCGCAGGAUUACUGUUUUUUGACCGAAUUGCCCGCAACCAAUUGAAGAAAAUCAACGGCAAAAAGAUUGGAUGGCUUUAGCAAUGAUUACGUCACAAUCAUGAUUUAUACCCUAAAUAAAUGACCUUACAAUUCGUGAUACUA